UUCUGAAGUUGUAUUUGGUAUUAAAAGUGCUUAUUUUUGACUAUUAAAUAUUUUAUUUCACAAGUAAUUAAAUGCGACUUUAUCCUUUUAAUGAAUUAAGUUGCAGCUGACCACAUGUACUGUACACCUUUAACAUAAAUGGUCAUUAAAAAUGGGAUACACAGUAGAUACAUAUGUGAAACAAUGCAGAUCAUUUAAACAUGUGGUUACAAACAAAGAUAAAGAGGGAGAUUUAUUUAUUUAAAUAGGAAGAGGGUACAAUAGUAUUAAAACAAGGAUGGGAAUUAAAAUGCUUUUGUCUUGAUUAUUUUGAUUCCCUUAGAUUCCUGAUCUGGGGGGAAAAAAAAAAAAUUCACGAGGUUUCAGCAUUGGUGCAACUCUGAGUCUGAAAACAGGGUGGAAAUAAAGCAAAAAAAACAACAAGGAAAAAACAAGAAAGGCAUACAUGUGACUGAACUGUGCAAAAGGUCCACAGCCAUUAGUUUGGCGUAAUUGUUUUGCAGUGCUCAGCUGACAGAAAAGUAUGCAAGCAUUGAUUAAAAACUGAUCUGAGGUCUGAGACAUAGAGUUAAGGUAAAUGGACAAUCUGCAGCUAUUUCUUAGUCCCCACCUUCAGUGACUGCAGUUCAUGCAUUAAUUCAUUAAUGACUGCACCUUAAGGCUACGAGAAACUCUUUAGUGAGGUGUAGAGGGACUGUUGCAAUGAGGGUGCUCCAGGUUUUGCAGGGUUCAUAGCGCUACAAUGUCACAUACAUAAUUUAAUGUAAUUGGUUACUGAAGAAACAUCCAUAUUGUUGUAAAGCCUACAUAGUAUGGUGUCUCAGUUAAUUGGGCUCCAAGGAGUCUAGUGUUAAACUCAUUACACAGCCUUAGCAAGGGAUGUCUGUGUCUCUCACUUUGUCUUACUUCUUCCCAGCUGACAAGUCAUUUAACUCUGAGCAACCUAUUUAAGGUUAGAUUUGGAAUAGUUCCACGUGCAUACAAGGAACAUUUAUGCAACUUAAAAAAAAAAAAAAAAUCUUGAUAUUGGCAACAGAGUUGCUUUGCUAAUGUGUUUAGAGUUGUAAUGAUUUGUUAACUCUUGUUUCUGAUAUUCUAUAUAGUUUUUACCCCUCAGCCAUAAAGGGCUGAUGGGGUAUUGUUGUCACCCUGCCAGGUGGGUGAUGUCGACACAUUUUGUAAAUGCAAUAACUGAAGAACAAAGCGACGUACAAUUUUCAAAUUGACACCAUAUGUAUAGCUACCAAAAAAAUCUUGAAGAAGUUCAUAUCUGUGUGACCUAGACCUUAAGGUCAGAGGCCAAGUUUUCUGAAAAUCCUGUGAAUGCAAAGCUCAUCUUUGGGCUGUCAGACUCCUCAAUAAUUAGUAUUAUAAUUGUGAUAUUCUUGUUAUUUUUGUCAAGUGUUUGUUUUUAAUAAGAAGUUGUACAGUAUUUGUCUCAUUUUCAUUUCAAUGCAUGCAGAUCAUUGCUCAGAGCUGCAUUUGGAUCAAGUAUUUAAUUUCUGUUUUGGCUGUGUUCAUGAUGGUUAAAAUAACAUCUGGGAAGAGCCUGAUGGGUUUAGUGAGAUUGUUUUGUUUUAUUUUUUAAAUUUGUGUUUUUUUAAGAACGAAUGAAGCCUUUAAAACAGAUAAUUCUGUGUGGGUGGUCACCAAAAGGACAAAGAUGCUGAAUUAGACAAAUCAUGUGAAACCAGCAAAGCUCAUUUAGCAAAUUUUGGUUCAUGCAGCAAACCCUUACUUCCAGAGGCUGUGUUAACCAGUUCAAAAGCUUCUCUAAACACAGAUCCUUCUCUUGUUUUGUUUGUGUACAUGUUUUUAUGUCAUUGAUGUGGUUUUUCUACCCCAGAGCAAGCUCAGGGAGUCUCUCACAGGAAAGCCAAUGAGGACAGUCAGGAGAGUCUGACCUCGUUCCCUCGUCGAGACACUAUGGGCAGUUUCCUUCCUGACAGCAGCUCUUAUGAGCUCCUUGCUGUUAUUGGUCGGGGCUUGGACAAUUUAAUGACUGUUAACCUGGCUCGAUAUAGACCCACUGGGGAGCAUGUUGCCAUCCGACGGAUUGACUUGGAGUCAUGUACUAAUGACAUGGUUACCUACCUGCAGGGUGAACUACAUGUGUCAAAGUUGUUUCACCACCCCAGUAUUCUACCAUACAAGAGCGUCUUUAUAGCUGAAAAUGAAUUAUGGGUCAUCACACCUUUCAUGGCUUAUGGGUCAGCCAGAGAUCUCAUCUGCACACAUUUUACAGAUGGUAUGAGUGAGCUGACUAUAGCAUACAUUUUGCUAGGCAUGCUCAAAGCUCUUGAAUACAUCCAUCAUAUGGGAUAUGUGCACCGGAGUGUGAAGGCCAGCCACGUUUUGAUCUCUGCAGAUGGACAAGUGUGCAUGUCAGGUCUGCGGAGCAUCUUUAGCCUCAUUCGACAUGGCCAAAGGGCCAAAGUGGUCCACGACUUCCCCCAGUAUAGCGUUAACGUGCUGCCGUGGCUUAGUCCCGAAGUGUUGCAACAGAAUCUCCAGGGCUAUGACUCUCGAUCAGACAUCUACAGCCUCGGCAUCACAGCCUGUGAACUAGCCAAUGGACACGUUCCCUUCAAAGACAUGCCAGCUACACAGAUGCUACUGGAGAAGCUAAACGGGACAGUGCCAUGCUUGCUGGAUACCACAACUAUACCACCAGAGGAGCUGUCCAUGAAGCCUUCCCGUUCUGGUGCUGACUCUGGGAUCUGUGAGGGUCCGGGACCGGGAGGAGUCCGACACUCCAACGGUGAACCCUCGUCAUCGUCAGGAGGACACCCAUACAACCGGACGUUCUCCCCACAGUUCCACGCCUUCGUUGAGCUGUGUCUACAGCGAGACCCAGAAAAAAGACCAUCUGCAACCAGUCUUGUUGGCCAUCCCUUCUUCAAACAGAUCAAACGGCGACCUUCAGAGGCCCUACCUGAGCUGUUGCGGCCCGUGUCGCCUAUCACCAGCUUUGAAAGCUCCCAGCCUCAGGACUCACCUUCUGGACUUGCCAGUCUGGAGUCCGGUCUCAGCCACCUGGAAGUAGAUGACUGGGACUUCUGACAGUGGAGGAUUUGGCGGGAAGAUGUUCAUAUGAGAAACUCUCUGAGCAGAUGGGACAAGAUUAGUUUUUGUUAUGGCCCCUAUGUAUAUAAUACUAAAAGGAGUGGCUGUUCUCAGACCCAGGUUACAAACCAGCAGCCAUCCUGCCUCUUUUGACAUCUCUCACGCUUUUGUUCUUUAGAUAUGCACAAGCUCUUGCACUGCACUGAUUGCCUAUUUGUCUCUCUCUCUCUCUCACACACACACCUACACCUGUUUACAGAUUGUACUCUUACAUUACAAGCCCCCUGGAGCUAAAACAAAACAGGACUCUCACUUCCUCAUGCUAGUGUUGAGGUCAGAGUCUGUGUUUGUAGCUUAAAGAGUCUCACAAAACAAACUGGUUUGAAGCUGCUACUAAAUAUUCAGAGGGGACACUCUACCUCGUGUGAGAACAGGGCUGCUUGAUGCGGCCCUUAUGCUCAGUGAGGCCAUAAUGGCGCACAGCGGUCCUCACAGCUGACUCGGUUAGUCUUCUGCACCAGAUGGAAGGUUUUGCGUUUACCCGGAGGGUCAAUUAAAUUAACAGCAUGUAAACACAUUUCUUAGCUCUGCUUGUGUUACAGUGUAAACUACAUUUCAUGUUUCAGGCAACUGUUCUGUUGCACAGAGGUUAAGAUUAACGUGUUAGUUUAACCAUCAAAGCAUAGACGUAUGUAUUUGCUUGAACUUACUCUGGGUAUUAACUCAUGUCAAAAAUGAAUGUUUUAUUGGUGCUUGUUUUGUCUGCAUGUAUAUUUGAAAGUGAGGGCAAAGCAAUGUGUUGCAAAACUCAAACUUGACUUUUAACAAUAAACGUGGUUGACGUUAA